AUUUGUGUAUUAGAAACAGAGCGCGAUUUGUAUGUUAACAUUCCGCUAUUAGUUUAGUUUAUUAAAUUAUUUAAUUAGAACAAUUUUUUUCAAGAAUCAAAUGUUGAAUUCAGUUAUUCGCACUAUAUCAAUCCGUGCAAAUCGCAGCAUUUGCUUCCCAAAUAAGCUUUUCAAUCAAAAUUCCCUGCGUUACCUAACGAAAUUAAACCCAACAACAUCAACAAUGGGCAAGGACUCAUGGAUUGUUUGGAUGGACCUUGAAAUGAGUGGACUAGACGUAAGCCGCGAUAAAAUUUUAGAACUUUCUUGCAUAAUAACCGAUAAAGACCUUAAUAUAGUUGCCGAAGGUCCCAACAUUGAGGUCUAUCAGCCAGACGAAGUACUAGAAAACAUGAACGAUUGGUGCAUGAAGCACCAUGCCGAGACCAAGCUCAUUGAAAAGUGCAAAAAAUCGAAUAUAACAGAAGAUAUGGCCCAGGACAUGAUAGUCAAAUUUCUGGAAUCCAACAUACCGAAAGGAAAGUGUCCAUUGGCUGGUAAUUCUGUAUAUAUGGAUAGAUUGUUCAUAAAUCGAUACAUGCCCAAGAUCGAUAACUACCUUCAUUAUAGAAUAAUUGAUGUAUCGACUGUUAAAGAAUUGUGCAGACGAUGGAAUCCAAGUGUUGCUGCUGGCGCACCAAAAAAGAAAUUAGUGCAUCGCAGUGAGGAUGAUAUUAGAGAAAGUAUUAUCGAAAUGAAAUAUUACAAAAAAUUUCUAUUUAAAGUUUAAUAAAUGGAUGUAUAUGUAUUAAGUUCAAUUCCAUCACUGAUUCAUUAAGAAUUAUAGCAUAUUUUACUUGUAUCGUGAUACUCAUUUGUCAAAAUAUACAACAAAAAAGAAGAAAAAAGAAACGUUUUAUUGU